AUGAAGUUCUUCAAGACCACAGCGGCACUCGUCGGCGCCCUUGCUUUGCUGACCGCCCCAGCAGCUGCACAGUACGGACGCGAGGACGAACAACAAAACUCAGGCCCCCCAGAAAGGACUGGCCUCGGCGGAUACGUCGACCUCAUCAAGAACCUCCUCACCGGCGGCGGAGCCCCACCACUCUUUGUGGCCGAUCCCACCGGUGUGAUCAUGAAUAUCACAGACGCCAACUAUAAGGACACCAUCUUUGAAGGCGAGUACAUCGUCACUUUCUGCUCGUCCAUUUCUGCCCCCUGUGCUGACUACUUCCCGACCUACCUCGAUGCCGCCAUCACCAUGAAGAACGAGACCCAGACCAAAUUCGCCACUGUCUGGGUCGAGGAAAACCCUCGUCUCGCUGCUCGUUUCUUCUGCCCAGCCCGUCUUCCCUAUGUCGUCUAUGCCAAGGAUGGAGACUUCCGCCAGAUCCCCUAUGUCAGAAACGAUACUCAGUACUUGAUCAACUUUAUUGAGGAAGAGCAGUAUCAGUUCUAUCCCAUCAUGGACGGCCCCAUGAGCCCCUACUCAAAGAUGGCUGGUUGGUUCGAAAAGUACGCUGAUGCCAUGGAGUGGGUCGGACAGUACACUUCCUGGAUGCCGAGAUGGAUGGUCUACAUCAUUGCUGGUUCCAUGUCCGGUGUCGUCUUCUCGCUCUUCUCCGGCGGUUCCAACUACUCGAGCGACCCUUCCAAAUACGCUCACCUGAACCCCGAUGGUACCUUGAAGAAGACUGUCGCCUCCGCCGAUGGCUCCUCUUCCUCCGCCACCACUACCGCUACCAGCACCAAGAAGUCUUCAUCCAGCACGACCAAGAAACGCUCGACCAAGAAGGCUUGA